UCCCUCAGGCUACGGUUUGGGCCUCAUGGUGGCCUACCAUUGGCGGCGCAUGGGUUUCUUGGGGGCUUUGCGGCCCAAAAGCCGCCAGAGCUUGUCCUUUGCGCGCAGCGAGGCUCCAGAGAACAGCUCGGAGGUGGACGCUGAAAUGCUGGCAAAGUUCUUCCAGUUCUAUGCGUCCGACUUUGACUGGCAGAAGGAGGUGGUGUCCCUGCAGGGAACAUACCAUCCCAAGAAGACGGAGCUGCUGUGGAUCGAAGAUCCGGUGGAGCCUGGAGUGGAUCUCGCCGGGCCGUACCUCAGUCCCUUCCGCCUGGCGCGGCUAAGGGGGGAGUUCCGCCGUGCACAGCGCUUGCUGCGCGCAGGCGCCGGCUGGGAGGAGAUCUUUCAGCACCGAGGGAC